UCAAUCCACGAAACCUUAUUGACACAGCGGUACUUGGAAACAUACAGCUACGCCACAGUAAUUUACAUACCUAAUAUUAUUCGUUAAAUGAAACCAGUCAGAAUUUCUUAGUAGGUAGAUGAAAUAUAUAAUAAUUAAUAUUUAUCGCAAUCUUUUGUUUCAGAUGUACAUAUCUCCACAAGAAUAAACGAGAAGAAAUCGAGACAAUGAUGUGAGACGAUGCUUCCGCAUGAGGCGAGUGGUAAUGAAACUUCACGGAACGCCUCGUUGUCCGGGAACGAGACGGACAACUCGACAUGGUACGACGUGACGUGCGCCACGAGCAGCUCCGACUCCGUGCUCGCCUCCCCCUUCUUCCACUUCGGAGUGUACUUCAUGUAUCUAGUGAUCUUCUUGUUAGCUCUUAUUGGGAAUGCUCUGGUGUGCUACGUGGUUCAGAGCUCGCCGCGAAUGAAGACUGUGACGAACUAUUUUAUCAUGAACCUCGCGAUCGGCGACAUACUCAUGACUCUGCUGUGCAUACCCUUCUCGUUCGUGUCGAUGCUGCUGCUCCGGUACUGGCCGUUCGGGAUGGUGAUGUGUAAGAUAGUGAACUACUCUCAGGCCGUGUCGGUGUUCGUCAGCGCGUAUACUCUGCUGGCGAUAUCGAUCGACCGGUACAUGGUGAUAAUGCGGCCGCUGAAGCCGCGGUUGGGCAAGACGGCCGCCAAGCUGGUGAUCGCGACGGUGUGGGCGGGGGCGAUGGCCACCGCCGCGCCCAUAUCCAUCGUGUCGCAGACCGAGCGGCCCUCCGGAUGGCAUGAGUUUUGUCAGCUGGACAUAUGUCUAGAACACUGGGACCAUGUGGAGCAGAGCACGCAGUACACCUGUGCGCUCCUGGUCCUGCAAUUUGGUCUCCCGCUGAGCGCACUGGUCUGCACCUACACGAGAAUCGCCCAGGUGGUGUGGGGAGGAAGACCACCCGGGGAAGCCGAAAGCUCAAGGGACCACCGGAUACGGCAAUCUAAAAGAAAGAUGGUGAAAAUGAUGGUGACGGUGGUAGUGGUGUUCACUGUUAGCUGGCUGCCUCUAAACAUCUUCAUUAUGCUAUGGACGGUCCACGAGGAGGAGUGGGCGGUGUGGGCGGGCGCGCCGUACGUGUGGUUCGCCUGCCACUGGCUGGCCAUGUCGCACUCCUGCUACAACCCCAUCAUCUACUGCUACAUGAACGCCAGGUUUCGACACGGCUUUAGACAGGUGCUGAGUUGCGUUAUAGGAGAUCAGCUGAGCCAGCCCCUGCAGACCUGUCAGCGGCUCAGCCUGUGUGAGGGUGUUCCUAUGUCAGAUUUCAUGUGCGAGAACGGCACGUCGCGGCGCGGGACGGGCAGCAGCUUCACGUCGCGAGCGCGGGUCCCAUCCACCUGCGCCUCCUUACGCCGGGAACCCUCGAGGCUGGCGACAAUAGCACCCCCCACAGCGCCCCCCGUGCGAGCGCUCUCCGUACGAUAAUCGAAA